GGGGCCAGCAUGAGCCGGAGGGAGGGAAGUCUGGAAGAUCCCCAGGCUGCCUCCUCAGUCCCAGGUCUUCCCCACUUGGAGGCCAAGAUCCGGCAGACACACAGCCUAGCCCGCCUCCUCACCAAAUACGCGGAGCAGCUGCUCCAGGAAUAUGUGCAGCAUCAGGGCGACCCCUUCGGGCUGCCGGGCUUCUCGCCACCGCGGCUGCCCGUGGCCGGCCUGAGCGCCCCGGCCCCGAGCCACGAGGCGCUGCCGGUGGCCGAGCGGCUGCGGCUGGACGCGGCGGCGCUCGCGGCGCUGCCCCCGCUGCUGGACGCCGUGCGCCGCCGCCAGGCCGAGCUGAACCCGCGCGCGCCGCGCCUGCUGCGGCGCCUGGAGGACGCGGCGCGCCAGGUCCGGGCCCUGGGCGCCGCCGUGGAGACCGUGCUGGCGGCGCUGGGUGCCGCCGACCCGGGGCCCCGGCCGGAGCCGCCCGCCGCCGCCGCCGCCGCCGCGGGCACCUUCCAGGCCAAGGUGCUGGGGCUCCGCGUGUGCGGCCUCUGCCGCGAGUGGGUGAGCCGCACCGAGGGCGACCUGGGCCCGCUGCUGCCCGGCGGCCCGGCCUGA